AUGGCCUUUCCUCCGCCUGCGCAUCCUGGACCUGCCGAGGAUCAGCUUUUAGUGCUGCAGGGCGACCAUAGGUCCUCCUUUGUAUGGGAGGGACAGCUAUCGGAGCAGCCUCUCCGCCCCAGGAGGCCCGACGAUUUGUGGGAGUUCAUCGCGGAGAAUCCUUUCCAUGGCCGCAUAGUCGAGCGCCUACAGGCUACGGGCUUCUAUACGAUUAUUCAGCUUGGACGGAUGCAGCUCGAUUGGUCUCUCAUCACGGCGUUGGUAGAGCGGUGGCGAUUGGAGACGCAUACUUUUCACUUGCCCACCGGAGAGGCCACCAUCACGUUUGAGGAUGUUCAGGUUUUAUACGGGCUUCGCGUGGAUGGACGGGCCGUGGCACUGCCCCAUUACAUUAGAGGGAUGACGCGUGCCCAGUUUUUGGAUAUGAUGGGGGAGUUUACUAGUUUUAGACCAGAGGGUGGCGCUGGGGGCAGUCGCGUUCUUUUGUCAGCCAUUAGAGAUCAGAUAGUGUUUUUGCACCCAGACAUUCAUGGCGAGACGGAGGAUAUUUGGAUUAAGAGGUACACGCGCUUGGCGUUGCUCCUGCUCUUCGGGUGUGUCUUGUUCCCGGACACUUCGGGGAGUAGAGUGACUAUGCGCUUUCUCCAUUAUCUCCAACAGCUGGAUGAGUUACCGCAGUACAGCUGGGGUUCUGCUAUUCUGGCAUACCUGUAUAGGAGCAUGUGCCGGGCGAGCAUAGGCCCAGCGGUGGAUAUAUGUGGUUUUCUGCCCCUCCUACAGGUUUGGGCCUUGCAGUGGAUCAUGCCGUUGCAGCCACCUCUACCACCACUUCCGCCCAGUGAGGCUUAUCCGUUUCUCCCUUUAGCUGUCAGGUGGAUUCUCCGGCGUGGGAACUACCGAGGGAGCGAUGCUCAUCAUAAUCUCCCCCUUGUCAGGGAUGUGUUAAAUAUGUUGGUGGAUGGACAGUUCAUCUGGACGCCAUACAGCGUCGAGUUGGUUGCUCAGCUGCCCGCAUGUUGCUCAGUCGACCGGCUACUUUGGAGCACCUCUGUCCCGAUGAUCUUCUUUGAUCACGUUGAGUAUCAUGCCACAAAGCGUGUGCUUCGACAGUUUCACCGUCCCCAGCCUAUACCGAGGGAGCCUGGAUGGGAGGUUACACACUAUCAGCGGGACGACCGUGGCAGCAUGGACCAGCGGUAUAUGGGAUGGCUACAGCAACAGAUAGUUUAUUGGGAGGAGCGAGUUGAGCGUAUUCCGCCACCACCUACAUUUACCCAGGAGGCCACUGUCCAUCUGUAUACUGAGUGGUACCGCCGUCACACCCGACUGAUGAUCGGGAACCCCAUUCAUAUACUUGACGAGCGCUACAGACCGUAUGCCGGGAGACUCGAGGCACUGGCUAUUGGGCAUCAUCAGCUCUUCCAGUUGGGUCAGCAGAUGCAGCAGCGUGCCGACAUCCCUGAAGUGGUUGAGUAUGGCCGGCAGGUGGCACAGUUGGCUCGCCGGACACUGUUGCAGGCGAGAGAUGCCGCGAGGUUGGACCGCGAGGCUCAGGGACGGCGAGGAGGUGGUCCCCAGCAAUGGGGCGGUGAGGCACCUGUCGACCCACAUGCUGAGGGACAGGAUGAGGACUUUGGAGUUGAGGCGCUUGGAGAUGAUCAGCAGGGUUAUAUACCUCAGGCAGAUGAGCCUUCCAGCAGCAUGUCUUCUUAUAGCCUUCAGCUAUCUCUGCCGGCAUCACAGGUCACCCCGUCAGGAGCAUUGUCGAUCACGGGUACAUUCGACGGGGAUGUAGAGCAGUACUUCGGAUGCCCAUCUACCGCAGCUGAGGAUCGGUCGACCCGGGACGUGGAUGGCGGGCGCAGUCUUCGUCCCAGCCCAUGCGAUGAUGAGCACACCACGGAUGCAUAUACCCAGGAGGUCGACGAGACCAUGGUUGCUGACGGCCCGACGGCCUAUUCUUCCGAUCCUGCCAGUUGUAGUGUCGAUACUGCUGCACAUCCUCACAUAAAGAGGCGGCUUGAUGAUGAUGAUCCAGAUAGUGUGCCCGGGCGACAGGGGAUGCGACUUAGGCCAACAGCAGCACUGAAGCACACAGGCUGCGACACUCACUGA